AUGGACCGGGCCACUUCAACUUCUGAGUCGCUCAGAUCGAGCACAAUUGCACAGCAUUCGGUUAAAAGCUCGUCAAAUACCAGGUCUGGACGACAUGAAAAGGGGAGAAGUGCUGCAACGAUGCCCACUUUCAAAGAAAUCGAGACACUGGUGGAAGAAAGGUCAGUCAUGGAACUAUAAUACCCCGAAGGAUAUAUAAGCUUACCAUUACUAGAGCUUAUAACGACAAGGCUCUGACACAAGCGAAUCUCUCGCAACAGUCGAUUGGGCCAUCGCAGUUGGAACAAUGGAACCACCAACCCGAACGACAUGAGUGGUUUGCGUAUCGGAUGGAGAAGAAUUGA